CCCGCCGCGCUCCGCUCCCCGCCCCGCCGGCCCGGCCCUGUGCAUUGUGGUCCGGCGGCGGGGGGCGAACAUGGCCGAGAAGCAGAAGCACGAUGGGCGGGUGAAGAUCGGCCACUACGUGCUGGGGGACACGCUGGGGGUCGGCACCUUCGGCAAAGUCAAGAUUGGUGAACACCAGCUGACAGGGCACAAGGUAGCAGUGAAAAUACUGAACAGGCAGAAAAUCCGCAGCCUGGAUGUGGUGGGCAAGAUCAAACGGGAAAUUCAAAACCUGAAGCUCUUCCGGCACCCUCACAUCAUCAAGCUGUAUCAGGUCAUCAGCACACCAACAGACUUCUUCAUGGUCAUGGAGUACGUGUCGGGCGGGGAACUGUUUGAUUACAUCUGUAAGCACGGACGUGUCGAGGAGGCAGAAGCUCGACGCCUUUUCCAGCAGAUCCUCUCCGCCGUGGAUUACUGCCACAGGCACAUGGUUGUGCACAGGGACCUGAAGCCGGAGAACGUGCUGCUGGACGCACACAUGAAUGCAAAGAUAGCUGAUUUCGGACUGUCCAACAUGAUGUCAGAUGGUGAAUUUCUACGCACCAGCUGCGGUUCCCCAAAUUAUGCAGCCCCUGAAGUCAUCUCUGGAAGGCUCUAUGCUGGCCCAGAGGUGGACAUCUGGAGCUGUGGUGUCAUCCUCUACGCCCUGCUCUGUGGCACUCUGCCUUUUGACGACGAGCAUGUCCCCACCCUGUUCAAGAAGAUCCGUGGGGGAGUGUUUUACAUCCCUGAAUACCUCAACCGCUCCGUGGCCACGCUCCUCAUGCACAUGCUGCAGGUGGACCCCCUCAAGAGAGCCACCAUCAAGGACAUCAGGGAACACGAGUGGUUCAAGGAAGAGCUGCCCAGCUACCUGUUCCCAGAGGACCCUUCCUACGACGCCACGGUCAUCGACGACGACGCGGUGCGGGAGGUGUGCGAGAAGUUUGAGUGCACGGAGUCGGAGGUGAUGAACAGCCUGUACAGCGGCGACCCGCAGGACCAGCUGGCCGUGGCCUACCACCUGGUCAUCGACAACCGCCGCAUCAUGAACCAGGCCAGCGAGUUCUACCUGGCCUCCAGCCCUCCCACCGGCUCCUUCAUGGACGACAGCGCCCUGCACAUCCCUCCGGGCGUGAAGCCGCACCCCGAGCGCAUGCCGCCGCUCAUCGCCGACAGCCCCAAGGCCCGCUGCCCCCUGGACGCCCUCAACACCACCAAGCCAAAGCCCCUGACUGUCAAAAAGGCCAAGUGGCACCUGGGGAUCCGCAGCCAGAGCAAGCCCUAUGACAUUAUGGCCGAGGUGUACCGGGCUAUGAAGCAGCUGGACUUCGAGUGGAAGGUGGUGAACGCCUACCACCUGCGGGUGCGCCGCAAGAACCCCGUCACCGGCAACUACGUCAAGAUGAGCCUGCAGCUCUACCAGGUGGACAACCGCAGCUAUCUGCUGGACUUCAAAAGCAUCGAUGACGAGGUGAUGGAGCAGAGGUCUGGCUCCUCCACGCCCCAGCGCUCCUGCUCGGCCGCGGGUUUGCACCGGCCGCGCCUGAGCAUCGACGCGGCGGCGGCCACCGAGUGCCAGUCGCUGAUGGGCUCCCUGAGCGGCUCCUUCGUGGGCAGCAUCCCCUCGGUGCCCCCGCGCCUGGGCAGCCACACCAUGGACUUCUUCGAGAUGUGCGCCAGCCUCAUCAUGGCCCUGGCGCGCUGAUGGCCGCCUCUGCGUGCCGUCAGGAUCCGCGCUGACUCGUCCGCCCCUCCUCUCUUAUGCGUCCAUGUUCUUCCUCCUCCUCCUCUUCCUCCCCUCGCCGCCCCCCAGCCCGUAGCACAGGUCCAAGUCCAGGCCCCAGACAUGUCCCCCUCUAGCAAGGCACCAAGGAAAUCAACUUAAUUUCUCUCCUUGUGCCUGGCGAAAUGUAUCCAAUACCCUCUUUUUGGUUUUUUUUUUUCCUUUCCUCGUCAACCCCAUGGGAAGUGUCAAGGCUGUAAAGUAACAAAGGUAUCGCUGAGUUUUUGGAAAACUGCCUCCCCCCUGGUUCAUCCUGAGGUAAUGGAGGUAUAGCCAAGCUUCCUGUGGGGGGUUUGAUGUUUCCCUGAUGCUGUGCAGAGCAGGGCUGAGCCAGGGCAAAGGGGUUGACCACGAGCUCUGUGGAAUGGAGUGGAGGGUGAGGAAGCAGCUCUGCAGUGUUCACACCCAGAUACUGGCCCCUCUAACGCUUUUCUCCCCGAAGCAGCAGCUGCCUGGACGCUUCCGCACUAGUGCAAUAUGACCUCCCUCCCCUCUCUUUUUCCCCUCUGCUGAAGAUGGGGAGGGAAGGUGGGAUGUGCAGAGGUCCUGGUGCAAACCUGCCCUGGGGAGGUCUCCCCGUGCCCAGCCUUUGCAGAGGCGUGUCCCUAAGGUGCUUUAUUUCCUCCCGAGAGCUCCGGACAGCACUGACCCGCUCGCCACACUCGGAGCUGAAGGCAGAUUUCCUUAAUUCACCACCUCCCCCCAGCCUGCUCCCCUUCCCCUGCCUCACCACGGCCUCCAGGGGCUGAAUCCCAAGCAGGGUGAGCAGAGGGCAGGAUCUGGAUCACCCACCUGAAAACCCAGCGCUUCACCCCGGGGUUGGGAUCGUCCCCAGUGGGCAGGAGCCAUCAGCAGCGCGCAGCUCCGGAGCACUCACCUCUCACCUUUUCCCUAGGAAGCUCUGCCUGCUGUCACCUCCCCAAAAUCACUGCCAAAUCUGCCUUCCCUGCUGCUGGACGCUCGCUGCCCCUGCCCAAGGGCUCUCCCGUCCUGCUGCUGCCCACUGGACUGUGAGCUUCGCCACGCCGCUGACCAGGCAGGCAUAUCCCAACCCGGAAUUUUACUGUUCCUUUGCUACUGGCUAUCUGAAGGAUGGGAUUUUAUUUUUUAAGACGAACCGCGGGGAUUUUUAAGGUUGAAUUCUUGGUACACAAGGGUAAACCCUUGAUGCACGUGUGACUUCUUUGUUUAAAAGGGUUAUUAAUUUUUUAUUACAUGGGAUUAAUCUAAUGGGCAGCGUUGGCAUCUCCUUGGCUUUGACAUGGUAUUUAAAUCCACUUACUUGAUUAUGAAGUGAUAGUCUAAUCAAGGAACAAAUGCUUUAUGAAAGCUUUGCCAAAAAAAAUCCUGGGGGGAUGGUUGGUUUUGUUCUGUUGUUUUUGGGUUUUUUUUUUCAUGUUCUGUUUUAAGAAACAAAGCAAAGAACUUCUGGUCCCAGUUAUGCAGUCAUUCAACUUGAAAAAAAUAUUAAUCUGUCUUUUUGAUAGCUUCUUAUGACCCCUUGAGGUUUUUUCCUAGGUUGUUGUUUUUUUGUACAGUUGCACUUUAAUUUAUACUUUCUGCAAGUUUGUAUGAGAAGCAAGGAAGAGAACAACACAUUAAGCCUUUUUUACUGAUCAUUUAAGGUAAUCAAGACAAACACAGGAUAUUUUUGCCAUCUACUGGCAGUUAAAUGGACCUUUUCAGCUUGAAGUCCUUUUUUUUUUAUAAAGAACCACAAAAUUGCCUUACUUUUGUUACAGAUUGUGCUUGAAUCCUCACUAACAUGACUUUACAGCUCCAAUUUUUCCAGAAGCCACACAAAGUAGAAAGCUUCCAAAAAAAAA